AUGUGACAAUUUAGCUAACACAAUGUAACCAUCUCAAGUGUCCAAUACAACGGACUGUAAAACCGCAGACUAACUUGGUAUUCAGCACUCGUUUCAACUGCUCACCACAAAUGCAACAGAAACGGAUAUCAAAUGGUAGAAAACAGAUUUCCAACAAAACGGAACCGCUGAGAGGACAGGGCCAGAGAACAGUCAUAUGAGGCUAAUGCAGGAAGUAACUGCAGCCCUAAGGAAUCACAGAAUACUGUUCCACCUCUUCUCUCCUUCUCCGGGAGCAUGCCAUCUGAACCUUGUGUCAGUGGGCAGGAGCUGGUAACAGACCAGAGGCUAUGCCAGUCCAAGUCUCACCAGGACUCCGUCCUCUCCGCCCUCAACCAGCAGAGGAAGGAUGGCGUACUCUGUGAUGUCACCCUGGUCGCCGGCGACCAGAAGUUCCACGCCCAUAAAGCAGUGCUGGCGGCGUGCAGUGAUUACUUCCGGGCCAUGUUCAGUCUGUGCAUGGUGGAGAGUGAGGCAGAUGAGGUGACUCUUCAGGGAGUGACAAGUGUGGGACUGAAACAUGCACUAGACUUUGCCUACACAGGACAGAUAAUACUGGAGCCAGGGGUGAUUCAGGAUGUUCUGUCGGCAGGAAGUCACCUUCAGCUGCUGGAGCUGCUCAGUCUCUGCUCACACUACCUCAUCCAGGAGCUGAACAGUGUUAACUACCUGGACCUGUACCGUGCUUCUGAUCUGUUCCACCUCCCUGUUCUGGAGGAGGCUGUGGUCAGCUUCCUGGUAGAACACCUGUGUGAGCUGCAGCAGAGCCGCCUGGAGGAGGUGCUGCUGCUCCCCUACCGCCUCCUCAGGGAUGUGUUGAUGAGCGACCGCCUCACCUCCCUCAACGAGGAGGAGAUCUGGCAUCUGGUGGUGUGCUGGUUAGAGCAUGACUGUCGGUACCAGUACACAAAGGACCUGAUACAGCACGUUCGUUACGGCCUCAUGGACGUGGCCGCCCUGCACCACGUGGCACACUGCCACCCGCUGGUCCAGUCCAGUGCCGCCGCCCUAGUGGACGAGGCUCUAGAGUACCACCGAGCCACCUUCGCCCAACCCCUCCGCCAGACCGCCCACACCAAGCCCCGCUUCCAGUCUCUCACCCUCUACAUUGCCGGCGGGCGCAAGCGCGAGGUGAGCCGCGUGCGGGAGCUGCGCUACUUCAACCCAGCCGCCCAGGAGAACGUGCGCGUGGCCGGGUGCUCCAACUGGAGCGAGCUGGCGCCAAUGCCCGCUGGGCGCAGCCACCACUGCGUGGCCGUCAUGGGCCACUUCCUGUUUGUGGCGGGUGGCGAGGUGGAGCAUUCCACGGGGAGGACGUGUGCGGUGAGGACAGCUUGUCGGUAUGACCCCCGGGGGAACUGCUGGAUGGAGAUAGCCUCCAUGAAGGCGUGCAGGGAACACUUCGUCCUGGGGGCUCUGGGCCAGUAUCUGUACGCGGUGGGGGGGAGGAACGAACUGAGACAGGUGCUGCCCACCGUGGAACGCUACUGUCCGAAGAGGAACAGGUGGACCUUCGUCCAGUCCUUUGACUGCUCGCUGUCCUGCCAUGCAGGCAGUGUGGCUGACGACCUGCUCUGGGUCUCAGGUGGAGUCACAAACACAGCUCAGUACCAGAAUAGACUGAUGGUGUACAACCCAGAACAGAACCAGUGGCUGGCCCGCAGUCCCAUGCUACAGAGGCGAGUGUACCAUGUCAUGGCCAUGGCGAGAAGGCAGCUGUAUGUGCUGGGAGGAAAUGACCUGGACUACAACAACGACCGCAUCCUGGUCCGCCACAUCGACUCCUAUGACAUAGACAUGGACCAGUGGACCCGCUGCACCUUCAGCCUACUCACGGGUCAGAACGAAUCUGGCGUGGCAGUCCAUGAUGACCGAAUCUAUGUUGUCGGUGGAUAUUCUAUUUGGACCAAUGAGCCCCUAGCGUGUAUUCAGGUGUUAGAUGUGAGCACGGAGGGGAAGGAGGAAGUGUUCUAUGGACCAACUCUACCGUUCGCCUCCAAUGGAAUAGCAACGUGUUUCCUCCCUGCUCCAUUCUUCACCUGCCCCAACCUACAGACUCUACAAGUGCCCCAUCACAGGAUAGGGGCUGUUUAACACACUAAUAGAGACUACAGUAAAUGCAUCAUGCAAACAACUCAUAUGGACAUACAUACAAUUAUGUAACACAAAAUAAUAGAACCAAAGGUCUGCUCCUUUACAACAGCCCCACUCUUCCUCUAAAAGGCAUACACACACACACACACACACACACACACACACACACACACACACACACACACACACACACACACACACACACACACUUCAAGUGCAGGCGUCACUGCCCAUCCUGAGGAUGAAAAAAGGAAGGUCCUCAAAGAGGAAGGUCCUCAACAUUCCCUAUUCCUAUCCAGCUACCCUGAUAAGAUGGACUGAUCUUCCAUCAGCUGCAGGGUUUGGGUCAAUUCCAUUUCAAUUCAGUCAAUUCAGGAAGUAACCAGAAUUCGGAUGACAAUUUUGCUAAUUGAAAAGCAUUGAGAAUAAUAGAUAUUGAUUGGAUUAAUAUAUCCUGAAUUGACCCCAACCCUGCUCAGAUGACCGGCUCUAGUCAAACUGGUGCAGAACAGUAGAUCGCAAUGCUGGAGCACUCAAGGGGAGCAGAGCUCUCUAUGGAGUGAAAUGGCUCCCUCUUCUACUAAUGCACUCUUAACUAGCUGUACUUACUACUUGCCAUAACCCAUCUACUCAAUACAAAGCCAAUGGACCCACCCACGGUCAUUUCAAUUGAAACCUGUCCUGUGUAAACUGUGGACCCGUCUUCCUCUUUCUCGAGCGUGUUUUUUCUGUUCAAGCUCAGGGUUGAAGACCGUUUAACAGUUGAGUGAAUGUCUGACCACGUAGCACACAGUGCAUGUGCUCAGCACACUGUGUGUCGGAGAGCCUACGCUAUGUGUCGCCACUGUCUUAUGCCAUUUUCAAAAGGUCUUGUUUUACUUCGACAAAGAAAUAACGCCGUUUCACCUCCAGCAGUGAGAGAGAGAGAGAGGACUUUAAAAACAUGUCUUGUUUUCGGAAUAAAGAGGUCCAGCACUGUAUCAAUAAAGCCCGUGAUAAGUUGAACCGAGCAAGUUGUUCAUCCGCUGUAUUGUGUUAGUCUGAAAUACGGGAGCAUUUUUUUUGUUGCUUUUGGGUGGGUUGUGUUGUUUUUAAAAAAAAAAUCUAUUGGACACAGGGUGCUUUUUUUCCUGGUUUACAUUCUCCCUUUUGCAAGAUUUACUAUCAUUUAUUCUAUCCUUAGCACAUUUUCUCAUCUGCUUGCACGCACAUCCCCUAUAUCGAGGCGUUUUGGUACUUCCCUUAUGCAAUGCGCUUUUCCACGCACUGAAUAUUAUUAGAAACUGGGUGGUUCGAGCCCUGAGUGCUGUUUGACUGACAGCCGUGGUAUAUCAGACUCUAUACCACGGGUAUGACAAAAAAUGUAUUUGCAUUGCUCUAAUUACUUGGAAAACGGUUUUUAAUAGCAAUACAGCACCUCUGGGUUUGUGGUUUUUUUUUUUU